CCAGUCUGGAGCUCGGCUGUGCCCGUCCCGCAGCGGCCAGAGGACUAAUCCGUCAGCUGAUCUGGAAGACGGAUCGUAUGAAUCCUGAAAGCCUCGGGCGUCAUGUGGGCGUUGAGUCAGAAAUAAAAGCGCACUGACGAGGUUUCUUCACGCCUGAAACAGAAGAUGGAUUUUAGCAGCAGCCGGAAUAAGGUCUCGUUUGAUUCGCCAUACGACUGAGGGUGAUAAAAUGUGGAAAAAGGAAUAUGACGCGCACUUUGAAUAUCUCUUGCAUUUACUUGAUUCCAGCCGGUCCGGCGUCUCCCUAGACACAGCGUCAGACUCCCACUCGGAGCUGGGCAGCUUGGGCCAGCUGGAGCAGAGCGGCAGGGAUGUGGUCGUCAAGGGCGGCAAUGCCGACAGAGACGCUGCCAAACACCUGGCUGGGAGGUUCUUUCGUCUGGAAGGGAUCAGGCGCUGUGAUGUGGCUCAACACCUGAGCAAGAAUAACAAAUUCAACCAGAUGGUGGCAGCAGAGUACUUGAACUUCUUCAACUUCACAGGCCUGAGCUUAGAACAGGCACUAAGGACGUUCCUGAAGACCAUCGCCCUGACGGGUGAGACGCAGGAAAGGGAACGCAUCCUGGCUCACUUUUCCAGAAGGUUCUUCUCAUGCAACCCGGGCUCCCACAUGUCCGAAGAUGGCACCCACGCGCUCACUUGUGCCCUCAUGCUGCUGAACACGGACCUGCACGGACAUAACAUCGGCAGGAAGAUGACCUGUCAGCAGUUCAUCCGCAACCUGGACGGCCUCAAUGGUGGUGGCAGUUUCCCGAAGCACUUGCUGAAGGCAUCGUACCACUCGAUAAGGAAUGAGAAGCUGGACUGGGCACCUGAGGAAGACGGACUGCAGAAGCCUUUGCCGGGGACAGAGGAAGGAGGCUGCGGGGCAGUGAAUCCCGUCGCGCCCAGCAGGACGACGCACAAACAUGGCACCCUGUUACGCAAAAUCCUGUUUGAAAUGGAUGGCAGACCCGCACCAAGAGUACGCCGUAGCUGGAAGAAGUUCAGCGCUGUCCUGUGGGGGGCAGUCUUGUACCUCCAGAAGGAUGAAUAUAACCCUGACAAGGAGCCGUCGGAGGCGAACCUAAAGGACCGCGUGCGUGUGCAUCACGCCUUGGCCUCCCGGGCCAGCGACUAUGACAAGAGGCCCAACGUGUUCAAGCUGAAGACGUCCGACUGGAGGGUGUUCCUCUUCCAGGCCCCGAGCGAGGAGGAGAUGGUGUCAUGGAUCCGGCAGAUCAACCUGGUGGCUGCCCAUUCCUCUGCACCAGCCCUCCCAGCACCUGUCGGUUCCAGGAGGAAGUUCUGCAGACCCUUCCUGCCUUCGUCCACCACCAGGCUGAGCCAGGAAGAGCAGCUAAAGAGCCACGAGGCCAAACUCAAGCAGAUCUGCUCGGAGCUCGAGAGCCCCUUCAAAAUCCCCACGGACGUCAGGGGCUGGGAGGAGCGGCUGGCCAUGGAGCAGUACCUCACUUUUGAGAGGGAGCGAUACGGGGCGUACGUCUCGCUGCUGCAUGCCGAGCUGGAGGGAGGCGACCUGGGCCGAUGUCAGGAAAGCCCCCCGAAGGAGGGGAUCAUCCCACCCGGGCCCCCCAGCAGGACCCCUGCCACCCAGCGGAGUUGAUGUCCCGCUGCGAGAUGCCCCCUUCUCUCCGGCUGUGCCCCGGUAGCUCCGGGUUCCCCUGCUGGAAAACCGAGGGACUGCAAACAGACGGGAGGCACUGUGGGCAUUUUUAGCCACAGGUAAAAAACUGAGCACAAGGGAAAGGAAAUGGAAGCACAGCAAUUUUUAGGGGUCCAAUGGGGGUGGAGUGCAGGUGAGCUUCAGGUCUGUUACACCCCUCAGCAUGUUGGGUGGGGGGGGGGUCAUCCCUCCUCGUGUUCCAGCCAGGAAGCUGGACCGUACCAGAAGCAUGGCAACCCUUGCAGCAGACCAAGCACCCCCCCCCCAGCCCCCCCCCCACAGCUGAGCAUUUCUACCAGAUCGGAAAGAAGCGGCUGUAACAAUCUGUCAUUUUGUUUUAUUGAAUUUCAUAAAAGCAUUUUAGUUUCACCUCUAUUUCUCUACCAAUGUUUAUGACACCAGUUUAAGCAGACGGAUGUUAUUUAGUCGUCCGAAUGUAAUGUUACAUUAAAACAAUUAGGUUUGUAUUUAUUAAGUUAUCCUAAUGCCUUUUUCACAAGGUUACCGUACUCUGUCAUUGUAACCUUAUUUGUUUUUUCCUUAAUUUCUAAUUUAUUGUCCCUGCCACCUUGGAGACAUUGUGAUCUUUCGCUAAAUUGCUUCAUAAAAAUUUUAUUUGUUUA